AAACCAACACCCAGGCCCUUUUCGUAAAUCCAAAAAUCUCUUCAUAUUUAUGAAUUAAAUUAAGUUAGACAAUAUUUUUCCCCUAAAAUUAAGCUUCACAAAAGUAGGGUUGAUCUCUCGAUCAAGGACUCUGCCUUGUUCUACAAGUUGUCAAUUGUAAUAUAGAAAUCAAUGGUUCAUGAUCGAUUCUGAGAAAUUCCAUGGCUCUACCUCUCGGCAAGCUCACUAUCCUCGUUGGUGCUGGCAUUGUUGGGUCAGUACUUGCUAAGGAAGGACGAUUGCCAGAUGUCUCCGAUUUUUUCUCCGGCGCAUUUAAGAUUGCCUUGAGGCAAAUUCGACAAGAUAAAUCAACCAGUUCAACUCCAAAGCCACGCAAUGAUUCAUUGCUGCAGCAGGUUAAUAGCUUACGGCAGGAGCUGCAACUCUUGGCUUCAAAUAGAUCUGUUACAAUUGUGACAUCAAGUGGAUCAGGUUCUAGCAGAUAUACUAUAAUCAUUGUUGUUGUGGUGAUGGGGUAUGGCUAUAUUUGGUGGAAGGGUUGGAAGCUUCCUGAAUUUAUGUUUGCGACCAGGCGGAGCUUAUCUGAUGCAUGUGGUAGUGUGUCCAAACAGCUUGAGAGUGUAUACACAUCUAUUUCUGCCACAAAGCGCCAUUUAGCUUCACGAAUUGAUCGCGUGGAUACUAAAAUUGAUGAUUGUGUGGAUAAUACUGCUGCAACGAGAGACGAGGUUUCUGAAAUUCGAGGAAAAGUGAGAACAUUUGGUGAGGAUGUCCAGUCAGUUCAUCUUGUUGUCCAAUCAUUGGAGACAAAAAUUAGUAGAAUUGAAGGGAGACAGAAUGAAACAAACUAUGGUGUGGGAAAGUUGCUUUCUUUUAUGAGGAGCAUUGAAACUAGGAGACCCAAGGAGCAGAUUGAGGCACCUCCAUCUAGCUCAUCUAGACCUGCUCUUGAAUUACCAUCAGUAGCUUCCUCAGCACGGGCUGGGUCUUUGCCUCCAAGUUUAUCAGUCGAAUCAUCAUCUCCAUCUGCUUCUAGUGUAUCUCCGAAGCGUCCUUUGCAUGGUGCUGUAUCUGCCUCAGGCCUUAAGGAGCUUGGAGGUAUAUCAGAUGUAGUCGAAGUGUCAAAUGAAAGCAGUCCUCAGGUUUCCAAUGCUGUUUUCACCUCGGAACAGAGGAGCAAUGAGAACUCUGGUUUUGGUAGCGUGUAUGGGCGUAAAUUUGCAGGCGUUGGUGCUUCUUUUCUCACAAGAAGCCGCAGUGCUAUGCAGAGUUUUAAGUGAGGUGGUUCACCAAUCAUUAAAAUAAUUGAACUUCUCUAUGGUAUAUAUUAAAAGUAGUGUUGCUGCUGAGCAUGUAUCUUUGCUCAGGGAGUAUUUUGCCAUUUUUUGAUGGCUGCUGAAUUUUGUAGAGCCAAUAUUUACCGAGGUACUUAGUAUACAUGUGUAAGUUCAGGCUAGAAAUUGUUUAGAUAAGCUGAAGAAAGGAAAAACAGGAAAUUGGAUGAAGGGAUCUUCAUGUCAAUUUAUCUCCUUGACUUCAUAAAAAAAAAUGAUUUGCUGUUUUCUGCAUAUUCAUUUUGUCUGCAGCUCGUCGUACCUAGGUCUUUACUUGGGUUUGAUUUGUUGCUUCUGGGCCGCUAUAGUACUUAGACCUUGAGCAGUUCUCUGUUUCAAUGAUGAUUCUGGCCGAAUGCAUAGUCCAGGAAUGAUACUCAAAUAUGCUGCGGUGGAGAUGACGGUCUGGAUCCACCAUUGGUGAGCGUUUUUGAAAUCCUAUGGUGUCAAACGCUCAUGCAGGGUGAAACCUUGUUGAUUGAUAAUUUGGUAUAAUUGUUAACAUCAGUUGCUAUUUGUGCAUGAGUCUGUAGCUCUGAAUCUGUAAGAAACUUAUUUCCAUUUCUAAUUGCUGCAAGAUAUAUAGCAUACGUACUAAAACAUAUGUUUAGCAGCAAUUCAAUAAAACCAACGAAAGUAGAAAA